AUAGCAUCUUGAGACAAAACCUUCGCGGAUAAGCUUGUUAGUAUCGUGCAUCGUUCUCCUGCUGUGGACUCACCAGCUGCGACCCACUUGGUUUUUGUGAUCCCCUUGGAGAAAGAAAAUCAGGGAUUGGUAAUUGGCUCGGCUGUAUGACUGAAGCACCCGAUAUGACGCUUAUGUAACUCUACAAAAAUCGGAGCAUUUCUGGCCAGGCGAAGGCUCAGACUGCAGCUCAUUUUUUUAUUCCCUUACUUUCAACCAUUACCAUGUCGUUUUCAGCUUUGCGCGCUCCAGUUCGCAGGACCGCUUUUUCUGCGUCCUUCCGCAGGUCUGAAUUGCGGUCCUCUUCGUUCCGCAAAUUCUCGACCCCUCCUCCAGCAGCCAAGUCAAAUGCCGCUCUUUACGCUGGGCUGGGUGUCGCUGCAUUCGGUGGUAUCGCUUUCUAUCUGUACACAUCCUCAUCCGACACUUCCAAGGAAGCUGCCACCGCACUCAAAUCUGGUGCUCAGGCCGCUAAAGUUGCCGCUAACUUCACUCCAACAAAGGAGGAUUAUCAGAAGGUAUAUAACCGCAUCGCUGAAAUUAUCGACGAAGCAGGAGAAUACGACGAUGGUUCUUUUGGUCCCGUAAUCCUCCGUCUUGCGUGGCACGCCUCUGGCACGUAUGACAAGUCUACGGGCACGGGUGGAAGUAACUAUGCGACCAUGCGAUUCGAACCCGAGUCUCUCCAUGGCGCGAACGCUGGCCUCUCCGUAGCCCGGGGCCUCAUGGAGAAAGUUAAACAGGAGUUCUCUUGGAUUAGCUACGGUGAUCUCUGGACUCUCGGCGGUGUUGCGGCUGUUCAGGAAAUGGCUGGACCGAAGAUUCCAUGGAGGGCAGGACGCAUUGAUGGCUUUGCGGAGCAUGCCACCCCGGACGGCAGGCUUCCCGAUGCUUCCCAGGGCGCCCCUCACAUCCGGGAUAUUUUCUACCGCAUGGGCUUCAACGAUCAAGAGAUAGUUGCUCUUUGUGGCGCUCACGCUCUUGGCCGCUGCCACUCGAAUCGAUCUGGUUACGAAGGUCCUUGGACUUUCUCACCCACAACGUUCACUAAUGACUUCUACAAGUUGCUAUUUGAGGAGAAGUGGGUGUGGAAGAAAUGGAGUGGACCCAAGCAACUUGAGGACAAAACCACCAAGUCUCUUAUGAUGCUACCCACGGACUACGUUCUCACCCAGGAUAAGAGCUUCAAGAAAUAUGCCAAAGCCUAUGCUGAUGACAACGACCUGUUUUUCAAGGACUUCUCUGCUGCUUUCGCAACCCUCAUGGAGCUCGGAGUGCCAACUCAGCAAUUUGUCUCUUCUGAGCCCUGGACUCUGAAGACUCUCGACGAGCAGAAAGCGUGAUUACUUCUUAGAGUCAAGUGUGGGUAUAUAGAGUAGACUACCGCUACCAUUUCGCUACCGUGAUCUAGAUAUAUAAUUACGAUGUAGUGCAUAGAAUGCUACUGUCUUGUUGGAAAUCUUGACAUACAUUUUUACUUCAGUACUUCAUUUUGCAU